UGGGCGGGGCCGUAGCGGGCUCAGAUGGCGGCGGCGCUGGGCGCCUAGGCGGGCGGGGGCCAUGAGCGCCUCCCGGCCCCAGUUCAGCAUCGAUGACGCCUUCGAGCUGACACUGGAGGACGCGGGGCCUGGGCCCGAGUCCAGCGGGGUCGCCCGCUUCGGGCCGCUGCACUUCGAACGCCGGGCCCGGUUCGAGGUGGCUGAUGAAGACAAGCAGUCCCGGCUGCGCUACCAGAACUUGGAAAAUGAUGAGGACGGAGCCCAGGCCUCUCCAGAGCCCGAAGGGGGAGUCAGCACCAGGGAUUCUGGGCACAUGUCUAUCCGAAGCUCCCAGUGGUCCUUCAGCACCAUCAGUAGUACCACCCAGCGCUCCUACAACGCCUGCUGCAGCUGGACCCAACAUCCUUUGAUCCAGAAAAACCGCCGGGUAGUCCUGGCCUCCUUCCUGCUUCUGCUGCUGGGGCUAGUGCUUAUCCUGGUCGGCGUGGGACUGGAGGUGGCCCCCUCUCCAGGUGUCUCCAGCGCCAUCUUCUUUGUGCCAGGGGUCCUGCUGUUAGUCCCGGGAGUCUACCAUGUGAUCUUCAUCUACUGUGCUGUCAAGGGCCGCCGGGGCUUCCAGUUCUUCUACCUGCCCUACUUUGAGAAGUGAGCAGCACCUGGCCGGUAGGAUAGCAGCGCUCCUAGGCCUCAGGCCACUGCCACGUGUCCACAGAGCGGUCCUCCAACAAAUGCCCGUUUCUGUUCCUUUCACCUGGAAGGAAAAGGCCCUCCCAACCACUAGCCCCCUCUACAUUUGCUCAGGAAGUUUGGGGCAUGCCGGCCUGGGAAUGUUGCCCCUUAUCUGAUGUGUGCCUUAACUUAUUCCGGGGCUCUGGACUCCUGGGUUGGUGUAAUUUUGUGCUAAUAAAAGGAUAAUUAAUCCCA